CAAAAUUUGUAACUAAUUAUGGCCUUAGAGGCUAUUGUUUACCCGCAAGAUCCAUUCUCCUACAUCUCUUACAAAGAUUUUCAGUUUCUCGACUUAUACUUUCAACAAGAAGAAGAUCAGGAUCAACUACUAGACACCAAGAACCACAUUAAGCUAGGGCAAGGACAAAUACAAGGGUUUGAGAGUAUUAAUUAUAACGGUAAAAGCGGAGAUAACAAUGAUGAUUGUAACUACAACGUUGAGGAGGAACUUCAAUGGCCACGAGACGACCUUCCUUAUGGAUUCACCGUCGACAACGAGAGCCAGCCUCCCUCUUCGGAUGCUGCGACGGGAGGAGGGAAGAGAAAGAGGAGGAGGACGAAGAGUAGCAAGAACAAGGAAGAGAUCGAGAACAAGAGGAUGACUCACAUCGCCGUCGAGAGAAACCGUCGGAAACAAAUGAACGAGUACCUCGCCGUUCUCCGUUCUCUCAUGCCACCUUCUUAUUCUCAAAGGGGAGAUCAAGCGUCAGUAGUAGGCGGAGCCAUUAAUUACUUAAAGGAGCUUGAGCAUCAUUUACAAUCAAUGGAGCCUCCAGUAAAGACAACAGCCACAGAAGACACCGGAGCAGGCGCCUGCGACCAGAUGAACACGGUCGCCGCCAGCUCAUCUGGACUGUUCUCAGAUUUCUUUGCAUUUCCUCAAUACUCGAGCCGGCCUUCCUCCUCGUCCGUGGUUGAGGGAACGGCAGAGAUAGAGGUGACAAUGGUGGAGAGCCAUGCGAGUGUGAAGAUACUUGCGAAGAAGAGACCAAAACAACUUCUUAAACUGGUGGCAUCCAUACAAAGCCUAAGGCUUACUGUUCUUCAUCUCAACGUUACCACUCGUGACGACUCCGUCCUCUAUUCCAUCAGUCUAAAGGUUGAAGAAGGGAGCCAAUUGAAUACAGUGGAAGAUAUUGCAGCAGCUGUGAAUCAAAUCCUUAGGAGGAUCAAAGAAGACUCAUCCUUUAGCAUAUAGUUCAACUUUAGUAUGACACAUUUAGAGGAACUCUAAGUUUUCAUGUGUUAUCUUUUACUCCUUUUCAUAUUAAAUUAAUAAAAAUAAAUAACUUUCCAUUGGUCGUGUCUUUUUACUGCUUCUCUUUUCAUGUAUGUUGAUGCUUCAUGUGUCAUUUGCGUCUCUA